GCUCUCCCAUUUUAAUAUCCCAUAUGACGUGGAAGAGCUAAGGGAUGCUACUAAGGAAAUGGAACUCUUUAACCUGGUUUCCCAAAAAUUUCAAAGCAUCUUUAUGGAGCAACAGAGAAUGCAAACAUUUCCAGACUAUGAUGCGAAGAUAGCUACUAUGGAGAAUUUGGGUUUGGCAGGACCUGGUAUGGCCUUGAAAAAGAAAGCUAACUGGAUUUCCUUUAUAAAGAUUAAGCCAAAAUGUGAUCCUUGGCAAAAGAAGAUGUUGACCAAACUAAAAGAACGGAAAAGAAUUGAUGCAUUAAUGCAACUCCAAGCAAAGUUUUUGAAGAUUUCCAGCCCUGAGCGAGUGAUGCAAGUGCUCCAAGACCACGCGGCGAAGACAGUCAUGCUGGCUCCAUCUCAUCCAGCUUUCGUGGCUUCCCAGAGUUCGCAUCAGUGCAACUAUGACAGUAUCUGGGAGGACAUUUAUAGCAACACCAACCUGUACCAGAAUGAAAAUAUGAAGGAAGAUGACCUUGCGAUGGAACAAAAUGCAAAUGACCCAGCACAAAUAAGUCUCUGCCAACAUGCUGAUAAGCCUGUCAAGCAGAAAAAAGAGAAAGGAUACAGCUAUGCAAUGGCCCUACAACUGCUCGGCUUGGACGAUGGGACUGGGCCCAGCGAUAGGGAUCCUGUCCUGACGAGGGGGACCUACUUGUCCUUUCUAUAUCUGCGCCACCUGCGAAUCAGGGAGCUGCAGCGCGUCUGUUUAGGAAUUCUGAACUAUUUCAGAUCUGUUGAACGAACACUGACAAUCAACACUUCAGGCCUUACCAUGGUUGCAGGGAGUCUGGUCCCCACCAUAGAGGACAGUUCCCGGGUAAACAUGGCAAAAGGAGGCUUGGGCAUCUUGCAAGGCCUGGGAGCUCACCGCUAUGUCCACGGGACAUCUGCUGAGCACAAGGCCCACAGCAUCCAGUUCAUGGAGUUCUCAGAAGUGGAGAACCAGGAUGACUACUACAGCAUAGACGCGGGUUACGUCUACACCCAGGACCAGCGAGGAGUGCAUGUCAUGUAUGAUGAAGCCUUGAGUGAUCUGAAGGAGCUGGAGGCAGAAAUGCUGCUUGUAGCCAGCCAUUACAUUGAGAAAGAGAAAGGUCACAAAGAGGGCAGCAAGUCAAAUACUGGCCAGGACUGGGGAUGGGCCCAUGCAAGCGUGGACAGAUUUGCUGUGCUGUAUGACAUAUGGACCUGGGAAGCAGUUCUUCUAGAAAAUAAGCGCCAGCUUCUUGACAGUUACUUUGAGGCCUACCAGCACGUGUUGGACCCCGAGGAGAGGUUUGCCUUAGCACAAGUGAUCACUGACAUCAUGCACAGGUGCCCAAGGUUUGAUUUCAGCCACCCUUAUUUCAUUAAGGCCUACAAAGAUGAAUGCACCUGCCUGAGGCUUCACUUACAGCUGGUGAGGGGCAUCCUCAAUCAGCACAUAGAGCGCCAGCGGGAGUAUGUCCAGAGGCUUUGGCAAAGAGGCCAUCCAGAUGAUAGCAGUAACUUUGGACUUCCCCUUAACAUAAUUUGCAAACAACUUAUUUCCAUCAACAAUAGCUGCCCGUCUUUGAAAAACAUGUAUCUGCUGGAGUUCCACCCUUCCCUGGGCCUGGCAUCGCUCAUCCCCCGAUCUCUUGAUCACCUUCUCCAGGAGGCCCGUCACACCUGCAGACCCACAUCAGCCAGCAGCCUCACCUUGCUGGAGAGACGCGUGCUGCAGCUGGCCCUGGAUAUGUGGCUCACACCGGCCCAGCCUGAGUCCUGGUACAGCACACGUCUCCACAAAGAUCUGUUUUCAGCUAAAGUAAUGGGAGAUCCCUUUCUCAUGGAGGAGAUAGGUCUGCUUGCACUCAAGUCCGCAGCAGACGAAGGACAGAACCAAAGCCAAGAUUCUCACAUGCUGCUCCUGGAGACAUUUUCCAAACUUCUGGAACUCGUGACCCUCCGCCACCGGCUGAUAGAAAUGAGUCUGGAGAGUGUACACUUAGCUCGUCUCUAUAAGGAACUGGCAUGGGAGAUGGGUUUUGAAGAGUACCAUUUGUAUCUGAGGCCUGUUCAUUUUGAAUUUGCAUCACACAAGGACAAAGUGGACCAUCCACCUCCUGUUUUUAUCACCUCUCUGCUGGAGGACAGUGAUCGAGUGGACAGAUAUUCUCCUACUACUCUUGUGUUAGCCAUCUCUGAGGUGGAUGAUAACCAGGUUGGCAAGUUUAGCUUUUAUACGAAGGAAUCCAUCCUUAAGCUCUUAUUCCAUUCAGGAGUGGAAAACAUGCAAGUGACCCUUGCAUGCCAAGCUGCUCAGAAAAAUGCUUUGAUGGUGGCUGUCCAACAGGCAUCCUUCUAUCACACGUCCCGAUGGGGCUGUUCUGCUGAUGUGAAGGAAACAAGUUCAGAUCUGAGAAAUCAUGGUGGAAUGGGUCCAGCCAGAAAAAGAAAUUCCGGAAUUGUGAAUGGCAUAGAAAACUUGGGGUUAGCCCCAACUCCUAAAGUUCCAGACACCCUCACUCAUCCUUCAGAAAGAUUCCAGGCUACCAAAAGGGCGCCAGAGGCUUUUGUGUCUAUUCAACUAGAAAAGGUGGGGCUGCGGGACAUGAUGCUGAACGCCUUCCUCCUCAGGAAACAAACGUUGGCUGACAGAAUGAAGAACCAUGAUGAAAUUGGUAAAGUCAAGAGAGACGUUAUAGUUGAAUAUUGUCAGAAACUGAACUGCCGUAUGUCUCACUAUGCUCUUCGGGGUCAGAUCAUGGCAUACUGCAAUAGCCUGAGAGCCCUGCUGGAAGAUUUCCCUGCUAUCAGGGACACCUUUUUCAUUGUGGGGCAACCACGAGAAAAGAAAGGGUUGAGAGACUCCAAGGAGGGCCUCAAGGCUGACCCCAGGAGUUUUCAGCCCCGGCCACGAUGUUUGCUGUCUGCUGACGGGAAAGUCUUCCUCAAUUUAUGGUUCAUACCCCAUCCUUCUGAAGUGCUGGUUAUGUUCAAAACUCUGCCAGAAAAGGCAGCUUUUCAAGCCUUAAAGCUAACUCUACAGCUGAUAGCCCCUCUCCAUGACAUUGUGGCCUACCUUUUCAGUUUUGCUAAACUUGGAAAUUGCUCAACAUGUUUUAAAUUUCCUCUAAGUGCUAACCCUUUGAAAGGUGACUGGGGAGGAACUGAGGGCAUUGGGUCUGAGCUUCAAGAACUGCAGAAAAUGAUUGACAGCCUCCAGAGCCCCCAGGACCCUGCCCACGUGUCCCAGGCACUCCUCCUUCGAAGGGAGGUUAUAUUUUUGCAGUUUGAUGCUGCGGUGCGGCACCUCAUCCGAAGAACAUUUUUGGCAACUGGAAAUGCUUCUGCCUACCAGUCUGUUACAGAUGGCAUGUACCAUGGAUUGCCACCACUGAGCAACUCUCUCGUGAAGAGCAUUUUUGCUUCACAGCUCAGCGUGCCUCAGCCACUAGAUCCACAGAGCCUCCAGGCAUCUGUGCUAUUCCCUUGGAGAGCAUUUCUAGAAGAUGGAGGACUGUUUCCAGUUAUGGGUAGCAGCCCAGAUACCCUAGAGUAUAAUAUGCAGCUAUGCCUCUGUAGGCUGAGUGACCAUGAUCUGAAGGUGGCUCAUGGAGAGCUGGUGGGCAUGCAGCUGCUUUUGGAAGAUGUGCUUCUGAGCAACUAUCAUAUGAUCAUGGAGGAUCAUGAAGGAUCCCCCCAGCAAGACACACUGGACAAAAACACACAGGUACUCUUGCCAGAUUUGUCCAGAGUGCCAGGAUUCAGAAGUCAGUUCCAAAGCAGCCCCAAGGUCUCCGAGCUGCUGAGGGGCCCAUGCAAUACGAUGAUGUCUCUUGCUUUCCUGAGAUCAUUUCUGGUGCUGUGGAAGCAGCUGGAAGUGCUGAAGGACCACUGGGGCCAGCUCAAACUGCAAGGCCAGGACGGCAGUUCUGUCUCCCUCCACAACCAGUUCUCAGAACUCUACGGAACUGACAUCCUCUACCCCAGCAUGAAAGCUAUAGCUAGGCGGAUGGGGAAAGAAGAUGAAUUUGAAGAUCUCAUAAUAAGUAGUCAGUCUAUUCUUCCCCCUGAAGGAGCUUCAGAAAUUGAAAUAAAAAUUCAACAGCUUCAGAAGCUUCUGGAAAAUCUUGAAAUUCAUAUGAUCCAGGAAGUAUUAAGAAAAGUUAAGAGAGAAAGAGCACUGGUUGUAUCAGAAAAGUCCAAGGACCAGGGUACUCUCCCUACAGACCUUUGGAAGCACCAUGUCAUGAAAGAAAACUUUUCAGUUAUCAGACCACAAAUAGUUGAAAAAUUUGUACAGAGAUUAAUGGAAAAUUACCAGGAUGGUGGACUAGAGGUCACUUUCAGGAAAGAGCACCUUGAGGCCUGCCUCCUUUCCCUGGGUUGUGAUGUGAUGGCAAGAGAACGCAGCAACUUCGAGAGCUACUCCAUGUAUUAUGAGCAUGUGUUGGAGCAUGCUAGGCAGAAGCUCUGCCAGAAAGAACAAGAAUUAGAUCUUAUACGAAGAGGUUCGGGUCCUCCUGAAGACAACGCUGGUCAGGUUGCAGAGCUCAGUCAUAAUAUGAUCAUGGAAAUCACUGCUCUGAGAGCUCGACUCACAGAUUUGGAAGAAGAAAAUCUGAAUCUCAAAGAGAAGAUUAGAAAAGAAGUCCAAGAAGAAUAUGAAGCAUUAGUUCAGGCUCUGUUUGUGACAUGUUUAGACAUAAAAGAAAAACUGGAUGAGCAUCAGAUGAAUUUGAUCCAGAAAGUAUGUGAGCUCAUUGGCGAAGUAAGAACAGAAGGAAUUGACAAUAUGAAGGCCCUAAAGAAAAAAUGGGGCUCUGCCAGACCUGAUGAAGGAAUGAAAGAAAACCCAGCCAAACAGGAGCAGCUGCGCGCCUUGGAGCAAGACAACUGCCGCCUGUCUGCCCUGCUGUGCAAAGUGAGGAGCCUGGGCCACUGGAGGUUGGCUGUGCAGAGGGCUCGCUUCCAGGGCCAGCUGAACAGGGCAGAGAAGGAAGCCAUGCAAAGUAAAAAAGAGUGUUUGAGCAUCAAGCUGAUGGCAGAACGAGAAGCGGUUUUAUUUCAUCAGCAGUUAGGGGUGCUACGGCAGGCCCUGGCCGGGGCUCAGGCCACCAACACCAGAAUGCGCAAGCAGCAGGAUAACCAGGCUCGAUUGCUGAGAGAGCUGCAACACAGAGUGACCGAGGAAGCUCGCCACAGGGAGCAGCUGGAUCUAAUGAAGGCCUCCGGCAUGGAGAAGCUCUUGGAAGAUGUGCGGCAAAAGGACCAGCACCUGCAGCUCCUUACUGAAGAGGCAGAGAGGGCUUCGAAACUGGGCCAGCUUCAGCAGAAAAGAACUCAGACAGAACUCCGACAGCUGAGAAGCCGGCUUGUCCAGGAACGCAGUGUGAAGCUGGAUGCUUUCCAGCGCAUAGAAGAGCUACAAAGUCAGCUUAAUGACGCUGAGCGAUUGUCUGUCCAGAUGAGCUCACCAGGCGGACUUAUAUCUCGGGCUCAGUACUCCCUGAGUUCUGCUUCCACAUCAUUCAGAUACUCCCAGCAACGCCUUUUAAAGACUAAUCUUAUGAGCAGUAAAAUAACAAGAAGGAUUCAAAGGCCAGAAACUGUACCUAUUAAACACAAAAAAAGGAUUGACAACGUCUUUCUACCCAAUGUGGUAGAAAAUGUUCACCUUUCAGCUUUUCAAGUUCACAUGGCUCCAUCCAUAAUCCCAGAAGGACCCAACUGAUUCUGGGGUGCUUCUCUAGGCAGGCUCCUGCCGCGGGUGUGGCUUCUGCAGCAUGAGGUUUCCGUAGUGGAUGCGGCUUCGUGGUGGAUGCCAUUGGCAAGAGGCCCUCUGUGAAGGGCUUUCUCCUCCUGCCCCUCCUUUUGUGAGGGCUGCUUCACAGCCUCAGUGAACUUCUCUGCCAUCCAGUGAGCCGUGGUCACACCCUGUCCAAGGAGGUCACACCCUCUCCAAUGGAUGUCAGCCCUGAAGGGUAAUGGCUGCUCACUAUAUCUGCUCUCCCUAUAUUCUUCAGAACUCUCUUUAUUACUGAUCAGCCAUUCCUCCCAUUACUUCAAUCUCUUGUUAUAGUUAAUAAGUCUUUAUAUUAAACUUUCUCCAGUUUGA